GCUAUAUAACCAAGCUCCAACAUACUUCUUCACAACAACACUUAAACAUCAAAUGCCAGGUAAAGGUAAAGGCGGAGGAAAAGGAGGCAAAGGCUACGGUAAAGUAGGAGCCAAGAGACACAACAAGAAAGCCAUGAGAGAAACCAUCAUGGGCAUCACCAAGCCUGCAAUCAGAAGACUUGCAAGAAGAGGCGGAGUCAAGAGGAUCUCAGCGCUUAUCUACGAUGAAGCCAGAAACGUGCUCAAGUGUUUCCUCGAGAAUGUCAUCAGAGACAGUGUGACUUACACAGAACACUCCAAGAGAAAAACUGUGACUGCCUUAGAUGUCGUAUAUGCUCUGAAAAGGCAAGGCAGAACCAUCUAUGGGUUCGGAGGCUAAACAGCU